AUGCGCUCCGAGAACAACUCCGCGCACCUCCUUUCUGUUCGGCAAGGGAUAUCCUCUGUUCGUCUCUCCCUUGUGUGCGUGGGUCGCCUUGCCGCCUCUCCCUUGUGUGUGUGGGUCGCGUUGCCGCCAGUAUUCAUCAUGGCUACUACGGAAGAAUUGCGGUGCUUUGUGGGAGGACUAUCGUACAAUACGGACGACAGAGGGCUCAUGGAAGCCUUCAGCCAGUAUGGCGCCGUUGACGCUAAGAUUGUCAACGACAGAGAAACUGGGCGAUCAAGAGGAUUCGGCUUUGUGUCUUUCAACGAGAAGCCCGGCAUGGAUCAAGCUAUUGAGGCUAUGAACGGGCAAAGUCUCGAUGGUCGCACCAUCACUGUCAACAUGGCGCAACCCAGAGGAUCCGGCGGCGGCGGUGGCGGCCGUUAUGGCGGUGGUGGUGGUGGGUGGAACUCCGGUGGCGGUGGCGGCGGUGGCGGAUGGGGUGGUGGCGGAGGGGGAUACCAGACCCGGGGUGGGGGCGGCGGCGCUGGGGGAGGUGGCGGUUGCUUUAAGUGCGGCGAGCGGGGCCAUUUCGCGCGUGAGUGCCCUAGUGGAGGCGAUGGUGGCGGCGGUUAUGGUGGCGGUGGCGGCUAUGGCGGCCGUCCAGGGGCUCCUGGCGGCGGCGGUUAUGGUGGUGGAGGUGGUGGUGGCGGAGGAGGUGGUGGAUAUGGCGGCGCUGGUGGAUCAGGUGGUUAUGGAUGGUAG